AUGGCCGCCGCAGGCGAUAAGGACAAGCCUGAUGACGAUCCGACCGCACCUGGUGGGGUGGAUGAUGCCAACGUCAAUAGCAACGCCGAUGUCGCGCCGGCGACAGCGAACGCCACAACUGCGGCUGUAGAAGAUGAUGAAGAAUCGGACUGGGAAGAGUUGGAUGAGGUCUUGGACGAUUUCAACAAACCCAAACAAUCGAAAGAUGCGCAACCAUCCGCUUCUGCACCCGGGAAGUCUGAACCUACUACCACCGCAGCUGCUGCCGCUGGCGAAUUCGAUGAAGAGGCUUUCCUGAAACAGUUAGAGGCGGACAUGGCCAAGCUGAUGAGUGGAGUUGGAGCGGCAGCAGCAGGAGGACCCAAUGCAGAAGCAGAAGCAGGACCCAGCGAUGCGAACACGCAGGCGGUCAACGACUUUAUCGACAAGGAGAUUGAUGAGCUGUCUAAGCAGCUCAAAGAUAACGGGAUCGAGCCCGAAUCGUUCCUGAAAUCAUUAAUCGCGGAGUCGAUCUCACCCAGUGGUUCUAAAGAUAAAGAUGGGAGUGGUGCUGGGACUGGGACUGGGGCUAGCGCCGGGGCUGGCACAGAAUCGACUCCGCGAGCAUCGUUUCAGGACACGAUCCGGCGGACGAUGGAACGGAUGCAAGAAUCUGGAGACCGCGCCACGGCAGCUGCAGCCGAAGACGACGUCCCGGAAGAUCUGCUGGCGCAG